AUGGACCCUACCUAUGAGGGUGAGCUUAUGGAACGUCGGACCCUCUUUGGCCUUACCCUUGAGCAGAGGAGAAAUGAUGCAGCCAUUACACCAGAGCUUUUGAAAAAUGUGGUCACCAAGAGGAAGGAUAUGAGCCAAGAUUCCAUAAGAGAUUUAAUUGUUGCUUCUAUUGCUGUGAAGUACACCCAGUCCAACUCUGUAUGUUAUGCUAAAUCAGGCCAAGUCAUUGGUAUUGGUGCAGGACAGCAGUCCCGCAUCCACUGUACAAGACUGGCUGGAGACAAAGCAAACAACUGGUGGAUGCGACAUCAUCCUCGAGUGCUGAGUAUGAAAUUCAAGGAAGGAGUGAAGAGAGCUGAAAAAUCAAAUGCCAUUGAUAACUUUGUUGGUGGCACAGUUGGAAAGGACAUGCCAGAAUCCCAGUUUGCUUCUGUGCUUGAGGAGGUCCCUGCAACACUAACCCAAGAAGAGAGGGACGCUUGGACUCAAAAGCUGAAAGGUGUUGCCCUUUCAUCAGAUGCCUUUUUCCCAUUCCGGGAUAAUGUUGACAGAGCAAAGCAGAGUGGUGUUGAGUUCAUUGUGAGCCCAGCUGGAUCAAAUAAUGACAACAUUGUCAUUGAAGCAUGUGAUGAACACAGCAUGAUUCUUGUUCACUCCAAUCUCCGCCUAUUCCAUCACUGAACCGGAGGACUUCGUAGUCAUACAGUCAUGCUCUCUCUCCCUUUGGUCAUGUAAUCAUGAAUUUUGUCUCUGAAUCCUAAUGAACUAGUAAUACAGAUCUAAAGGAAAA